UGAAGCAGGAGUUCCUCUCGCUGUAGUCUGAGGAUUAAUGGAGGGGACUGUUGAUUUUGGCUAUUAAGCCACAGCUGAUCGGUUCCGAAACUUGGGGAAUCAUCGGACCUGAGCUCAAGUAAAGGGAGGGGCUGACAUCGAUUUGCAAUAAUUAACACUUACAUAAGUCGAUAGUUAAGGUUUUUGUGUCGGAAUACAUUACAAAGUCAAGGGCCUUUACUGGUAUCUGCUAGAGAUAGCUAGCUAGUAGUAGGAAGGCGACGAUAGCUAGCUUGCUAGCUAACGCUAACCAACCAAUCAGGCGCUCCGAACCGGUUCGACGGUCUGGACUGGACCAGGGAGACCUGAGCAAGAUUCGCUACGGAAAUAGAGGAACACCGGCUAAGCUAACUAGCUACGUCGUUGGCUAGCCAGCGCUUGUUCGCAAGCUGGCCAGCUAGCUAGUUUCACCCUCGGAGUUCCCCCAACCCCGGAUAAAGGAAAAGUACUUUAGUGGAGGAAUACAGUUGAAGCCUCAUUGUUGGCUAGUUAUGAUAGCAGCCACCUAGUAGUUAGCUCCUUCAAAUCCAAAAGUCCAAAGCCUUGUAAAGACAAACUAUCGUAAUCCAGAUCCAAGGGAUCGUUAUUUGCCUGCAAUCAUGGGCAACGCGCCCACCGCCAAGAAGGGCAACGAGAUGGAGAGUGUGAAGGAGUUUCUCGCCAAAGCCAAAGAAGAUUUCCUCAAGAAAUGGGAGAAUCCAGCACAGAACACGGCAGCCCUGGACGGCUUUGACCGUCUGAAGACACUGGGCACAGGCUCUUUUGGUCGAGUCAUGCUGGUCAAGCACAAAGAGUCGGGCCAGCAUUUUGCCAUGAAGAUUCUUGACAAACAGAAGGUGGUGAAGCUGAAGCAGAUAGAACACACACUGAAUGAGAAACGCAUCUUGCAGGCCGUCAGCUUUCCCUUCCUGGUGAGGUUGGAGCACUCUUUCAAGGACAACACCAACCUGUACAUGGUGAUGGAAUAUGUCCCUGGUGGAGAGAUGUUCUCACAUUUAAGGAGAAUUGGCAGGUUCAGUGAGCCCCACGCCCGUUUCUAUGCCGCCCAGAUUGUACUGACCUUUGAAUACCUUCACUCACUUGACCUCAUUUACCGAGACCUGAAGCCUGAGAACCUGCUCAUCGACAACCAGGGAUACAUACAGGUAACAGAUUUUGGCUUUGCGAAGCGAGUGAAGGGCCGGACCUGGACGCUGUGUGGCACUCCGGAGUACCUGGCCCCUGAAAUCAUCCUUAGCAAAGGUUACAAUAAGGCAGUGGACUGGUGGGCCCUGGGUGUGCUGAUUUAUGAGAUGGCUGCUGGCUAUCCUCCCUUCUUUGCAGACCAGCCCAUUCAGAUCUAUGAGAAGAUUGUAUCAGGGAAGGUGCGCUUCCCCUCCCACUUCAGCUCCGACCUAAAGGAUCUGCUGAGGAACUUGCUGCAGGUGGACCUGACCAAGCGCUUUGGCAACCUACGGAAUGGAGUCAAUGACAUCAAGGGCCACAGGUGGUUUGCCACCACCGACUGGAUUGCCAUUUACCAGAGAAAGGUGGAGGCACCAUUUAUUCCCAAGUGCAAAGGCCCUGGUGACACCAGCAACUUUGACGACUACGAAGAAGAGGAAAUCCGAGUCUCCUUCACAGAGAAAUGUGGCAAGGAGUUUGCAGAGUUCUAGGCCCAACCAGGAGUAGUGGAAAGAGACAGGGCUGCAGAGAGAACGGGGGGAACAGAGGGAAAGGAAAUGGGAGAUGUGAUAAGUUGGACUGCUAACUUGCAUUUUGUAAUGACGACAUCAACAAUGUAAUCCCCCUUCCCCCAAAUGAAGAUGGUGUGAAAAGAAUGAGAGAAAAGCCCCGAAAGAGCCAGCAGUGUUGCCUUUUCUGAUUGUUUCUCACCUUUUUACUUAUUCAUUUUCUGGUUUCCCUCUUGUGUUUGUGACAGGGGUUGAAGGGGCUGGUGCUAUGCUCCUCUCUCCAGUUUUGUAUCUUGGCAGAGGCGUAGGGACACAUUUUUGCGGGCAGGUUGAGGCAUUGAUGGUCUGCCCUGGUACUGAAUCUAGGCUCCUGCUGAGUGGGCCCUCUACAAUCUUCUCAAUGAACGGGGGCAUCUCAUCCUUGUUUUGUAAUUGUCCACCCACUCCUAUCUUGUUACCCCAGUUUCCCCCUUCUGUCUCUCCGUCCCUGAAUCUGUCCAAGCAAUAUCAAGUCCAACAGACGUGCCUAUCAUAAUGCCAACUGGUUGCAAAACCGUGUCGAAAGCAUUGGUGCAGAGCUUUGGCUAUUGGUGGCAUCAGCCCUUGUGCCCUUUCUAGUUGGAAGCUUGACACUCUUUGCACACGCCUUUUGUCCGCUCGUUGUGGCAUGAUUAUUGGGUACAGAGGAUUCUCUCACCGCUUGCAGUUCAGGCAGCGCUACCACUUUUGAUCAGAGAAUCAGUGAUUUCUCUACAAAUUUCAUCUAGGUCUUACUACUUUUUUGGGACCUGUGAAAAAUUGUGUAUAUGAGCUCUCAGCAUUUCUAAUGUUAAUUACGUCUGUCUCUUCCUCUUCAGCUGAAUUUAUUAGAGCAUUUUAAAACCCUUUUGAUGAUCAUUGUGUCCUCUCAAGUCAAUCUCUGUGCUUGUGUGUUAUUUAGUGUUUAAGGGUGGGUUAUAAAGCAGUGAUUUGGCAGCGACUAACAGAAUGAUCACACUCCUCUGACUGGUUUAUUUAGUUCAUAACACAUUUAUACAUGUAUGUUGAUAUAUGAUACAAAAAAGUAAAUAUCCAUAUUUUCCCAACAUUGUCUCUUAGCUGUGAAACUGAGAUGAAGAUUUCAGAAAUAAACAAGUAUGAAUUCUGCCAAACUUGCAUAAGUCGGCACAUUGUUUUACGCAAACAUGUUUGUCAGUUAAAUGGUGGUGGUGGUUUUUUAAUGCGCAGGAAAAAAGUAGCAAAACGUUUCAGCAAAAUGGUGCAUGUUAUUUCUGUACAAUAUCACUUUUAAAAGAAAGAUGUGAAAGGAUGUAAAGCUGUAGGGGUGCUGCAGUACCUAAGGUUGUGGGUACUGUGGUGAUUCUUCAGAUUGACUCUCAGCUGAUCAAGGCCCACUUUUCACCUGCCAGGAUCCAUGUUGUAAUUUCAUUGUGUUCAGUGAGAUGUGAAUGGUUAAUGCUGAUUUAGUCAUGUUAAUUCAGCAGCUCUGUUCAGUCCGCAACUGACAUUUUUACUCAUAAUCACACAAUCAAAUGGAUACUCGAUCUGAAUGUGUGACUGUUAGGACUUCCAGUAUGUGAAAUUGUGAAAAUACCCCCCAUUGAGAUAUAAUGCUUAACUAUUUGAGCUAUAGAUAAUAUCUGAGAUAUGUGUCCAUGUAUCUGACUGAUGGAUAAAAGAUAUCCUAUGGUUUCCUUUUUGUAUUUAUUUGAAUGUUAUGCUUUUGGAUGCAAGACAAUCGCAGCCCUAAUCUGACCAAUGGCUGGUUUGUAGACAGAUGUGAUAACGCAACACAUUGAAAUUUUCAGCAGAGCUUUGGUUUCCCCCAAAGUUUUUAUUUUGGUGAUAAGAAAAUAUUAAUUUCCUAUGGUGAUUCGGCUCCGCACCAGUCUUCAAAAGGCACACUCUGUGCAUCUCCUUAAUAAUCAUUGCUUCAAUUUGAUAAUAUGCAGUAUCUGUGCAUCAGUCUAUUUGGUCAUCAAGUUUAUUGUAGAAUGGCUUAUUUUACCAAAUGGUCACACCUGACAUUUAUUUUUUGGCAGUCUUAAGUGAGUUUGCAUUUGAAUGUUUGGAGCAGGUCUGGUGAGAAGGCUACUUUACAGUUUAUCAAGUAGAGAGAAACUUCCAAACAUAGAGGUUUUAUUAAAUUACUAUUAGUAGUAUUCUAAUUAUUAAUUCUAUGCUUCCAAACUUGUGCUCUUUCAAGGAGAAAUGUAAUGUGCUUUCAAAAUCAGUUGUCUGAAUAGUUUCCUUUUUUUGCAUGUGUCAGAACAACUAAAAUGGAAGAUAUCCCAGACCUCUGAAAUGUUAUAAUGACAAAGAUUUGCUACCAUUAAUUUUUCACAAUGUAAUGAUAUUUUGCUUGUGUCAUUGUUAUGCAUCCACUAGUCUUUUUAAGCUUCAUAGAAAUAGGGCCAGCGCCAGCUACAACAGCUGGAUUCAGUAACCACUGACCUGCUAACAUUCUUUGAAGCAUACCUCACUUCUCGAAUCAUGUGUACCUAAAAAGAAGAUAUGUACCGAAUUUGAUGAGAAUGUAAGCCUAAGAUCUGGCUACGAAAUUGGUUAAUAGUCUGAGCUAUGUUUUUACCCUUCAGGUCCUGCAAACAGUUCAGGUUUUGUGCUGGAAAAGUGUAACUCCGAGAUUAGGGUCGAGGGAUGAGCUCCAUGAUCCACUUAUGACACCGAAGACAUGACAUUUUAAUUUAAUUUUCCUUUCCUGACCCUUGCCCUCUUGUCUAUAUUUUUUUUUUCUAGUUUCUACUAAC